AUGCUUUAUGGUCCACCGUUCUUUCGUUAUCCGUUCGCUCAUAAACAAGGAGAUCAGUUACGAUACGCUCAUCGAGCCGCUUCUUCAUGCUACAGGACAAAGCUUGGUUACCGUUUUGGCCGUGGCAAUCCUCUUCUCCGUCUUGCAGGGUUAGGACUUGUUGGUUUUCUUGGUUUCAAGGCUCUUCACAGAUUUUAUUGGGGAAAGCCAGCUUCAUUUUCUCAGGAUGGUAUGACAGCUUUCCCAUCAUAUCUAUCUGGUGUUAGAAUGAAGUUGAUUAGCACCAAAAGUAUAACUCCCGAUGUCAAGAUGCUCAAGUUCGAAUUACCAAAGAAUUAUGAGUCUUCGGGACUUAAGCCCGGCAGUGCUGUUCUUGCUAGUAUCAAACAUUCCAAGACAGGAAAGCUUUUAAUGAGACCUUACUCUCCUAUUUAUACACCGGGAGACCAACAUCAUCUUGUUUUCGCAAUCAAAAUGCUCAACUCGCAAGGUGCCAGUGGUGCUAUGCACACCCUUUUACCAGGGGAUAUGGUGAAAUUCCGCGGUCCUAAACCAGGAAGAUCUGUCGAUCUUUCCACAAUAAGCUCAGUUAAUUUGAUUGCAGGUGGCUCUGGAAUCACUCCUCUCUAUUCCGUAUUGAAUUACUUGAUGACCGAGAAACCUGACAGCAGGGUGAAUCUUAUCUUUGCCAAUAAGUCUAUGGAUGAUAUAAUCUUCAAGAAGGAACUAGAUGCACUUCACGAACAGUAUUCAAACAGAUUUUUGGUCACAUAUGUGGUUGACCGAGAAAACACCCCUGCUACUCCAAGCACAGUGGUGGGCCGUAUAAAUCCCGACUUACUUGAGAAGACCAUCUGGAAAGAUAGUGACAUUUUUGUUUGCGGUCCUGAUGGAAUGGUGAGUGCUUUGCGAAAGCAGAUGAAUCUUGAUUCGUUCACCGAUAGAAAAGUAGUUGUUUUCUGA